GCGCGUGCGCUACUAUGAUGCUCAAAGGAGUGAGGAGGUGAAUUUUCUCUUCACACUGACGGAGCAGCUUCACAGGCAGGGUCCAGAGACGCCUUUUCUUUUCUGAAAAAGCACCAACAAAUUGUCGGAGCAGUUGCGUAAAACGGAGCGGCAUCGCGAGCAACAGAAGCAGGUGCGCUGCUCGCACUCUUUAUUUGACGGAACCCUGAAGUCAUGCGCGCGCUACUUGAUGAAAAGUUAAUUCACGCGUACUAAGACACAGACAGCGGGAGAAGUUAAGUGCACAGAGCGCGCGUUUCGCUGCUCAUUAAUUACUCGUCGCACGUUCGCACUGGGAAUAAACAAUCAUAAUGUCGAGGAAAAAAGCGCUCAAAGGGAAGGGGAGUUCAAAUACACCGAGUUCAUCUCCGAGCAGCGAUAAAGAGAAGGGUAAGAAAGUCCUGACCCAGUCCAACGGAGUGGUGCAUCCCAGCAGACCCUCUCUCAGCAACAGCGGAGAAUUCUACGACAUCGCCUUCAAGGUAAUGCUGGUUGGUGACUCUGGGGUGGGGAAAACCUGUCUGCUGGUUCGCUUUAAAGAUGGAGCGUUUCUAGCUGGGAGCUUCAUCUCAACAGUCGGUAUAGACUUCAGAAAUAAGGUUCUGAACAUUGAUGGUGUGAGAGUUAAACUACAGAUCUGGGAUACGGCAGGACAGGAGCGAUUCAGGAGCGUGACGCAUGCCUACUACCGAGACGCUCACGCUCUUUUGCUGCUCUACGAUGUGACAAAUAAAGCUUCUUUUGACAACAUACAGGCCUGGCUCACAGAGAUUCACGAGUUCACUCAGCAGAACGUAGUGAUCAUGCUUCUGGGUAACAAGGCCGAUUCUACACAUGAAAGGAUUGUGAAGAGAGAGGAGGGUGAAAAACUGGCUAAGGACUUUGGCGUUCCCUUCAUGGAAACCAGUGCUAAAUCAGGUCUGAAUGUGGAGUUGGCCUUCACUGCUGUGGCCAAGGAACUGAAGCACAGGGAGAUGAAGGAGCCUAACGAGCCAAAGUUUCAGCUGCAGGAGUAUGUUAACAAGGAGAUGAAGGGAGUCGGAUGCUGUCGCUCCUAAAGCCGUGCGUGCUCAUGCACAUCCGUCUCUCUGUCUGUCUGUUUGUGUGUUUUUCCACUUUCAUCCUCUUCUCUCGCAUAAAUUGGAUGCCUGUCAGAUAUUCUUCUGCGGCUCUGGAGACUUUCAUUUUCAAACGCUGUGUUCUUUCUUUGGACCUCCAUGCACUUCACAGCUCGCAAACAAUAGCGAACGACACGAAGCAAACGUGGCGUAAAGAGAAGCAGUCAUCAGAAUGCAAUUGGCACGUGCUUAAAUAUUCACACCCUCAAUAAACACAGACCCACCGCUCCAAGCAGCUGUGAAUGUAUGUUCAACACUCAUGACCAGUGUGUCUCAAAGUUUGCUUUUAUUACAUGGCAAAAUCAUUCAGUCGUACAAUUACUUAGAUGUAAGUUUCUGUGGCUGCUUCACUUGAACCCAAUUAUAUACCACUUUUACUGUUAAAAAUACCCACAAGUGUGUCAUAAACGUGGGUGUUCAGCACAGAGAAAAUUACAAGUGUAAAAUCAUAAUUAACAAAGACUUAUCUUUUUAUAACAUGCGGUUUUCUGUGGUUUCAGUCUCAUUUGGUAAACGUCCUACAAAAUGAGUCCUGAUGCACUUUGUAGACAUUGAAAAAUAAGUGGAACAUUUUUUUAAUUGUGUUAGUGAGAUGCUUAAUUUUAUUCUUUUAUUAUUUUAAUGAAACAUAAGGUUGCAUUUCUUGAUUUGUUUCUUCACCCCCCAAUGAAAAGAACAUAGCUGAUUUACAUUGUGUGUUUUUUAUCUUUCUGUUUUUAAAGCCUUGGUAAUGAUAGUUGUACACUUUUUGUUGUGUCUCUUUAAGGUUAAAUUUGCUAGACUUUCUCUAUGUCAUGUACAAUUUGAUCAUUUCUCUUUUUUGAAUAAACCAUCACACAUUACACUAUAAUCCAAAGCUAAUCGACGACAUAAAAUAUGGAAGCUAUAUAUAUAUAUAUAUUCAGAUAAGUAAAGAAUUGCAAGAAGUAAUUGUGAAUAAAAUGCAGAAUUGCAUGGUUUAAACUCAAAACCGUGAGACAUAAACUCAAAAUUUUAAGAAGAAAAGUCCAAAUUGUGAGAGAUAAACACAGUUGUGAGAAGAAAGUUUGAAAUCUGAGAUAAAAAGUUACAAUUACCUUUUUUUUUCAUGGUG